GGGAUUGGGCAGAGGGAGUGGAGUUUGGGUUAGGGUUAGGGAAAAAACACGAUUGGUAGAGUUGAGUCUAACUUGUUGUCUCAGAUAUUUGUGCAGCCACGUCAUCUCUUGCUAACCUCCCCCUCAACGCGUAGCUGUCCAUUGGCACUGGUGCUGAAACUCGACUCUUCUCAAUCCCUCACAGCCGUGCGCGACGGAGUGUCGAGAGUAAAACAUUUGGAUGAUUGUAUUGACUUUAUCGCCAAGUUUAAUACUUUAAUCCAUAUAUUUUUUAGGAGACUCGGUGGAUAUCCAUUGAUUUACUCAGCUUUCAUCAAGAGCGCAUCAAAGAUCCACGUUCUGACCCGGUCAGUUAACGGACUCUUAGAGGCAGAAAGAUGGCUUUUAUGGUGAAACAAAUGGUGGGAGGGCAUGUGAAGAACCUGACCGGGGGUUUGACUGAGGAAAAGCCCGAAGGAGAUAAAUCGGAAGCCGCAGCAGCAGGAAUGACCCAGGAGGAAUUUGAACAAUAUCAACAACAGUUAGAGGAGGAAAAGUAAGAACAAACCCAAGUUUAUCGAUCAAUUUUGAAUAGCCUACUGAUUUUGAAAGGGUUGCGUACUAUAAAGCGGCGUUUAUCUGUGUAAUGUCCAAUGUAAAGACGCUGCUGAGCGGGUGCCUUUACAAGCCCCCGUGCGCAAUGCACUAUUUUACGCAUCAGUGGGAUCCACGGCGUGCUCUCUAGCUCACCACACAGCUGCUACACUCGAUAAAGGAGCUUUCUUUCAGGUUUCAAGAAUUAGGCUAUAUAGGACGGUUUUCCAUUGGAAUCCUUGCAAUAGCCUAGUCCAGAAACAAACAUGUGUAAAUAAUCCCAGUGAGUUGAAUGCCCAAUUAUACUGCAAAAUGGACUCGUUUUCCAAUAAGCAUAUACUGUGCUUAAUGCUUCAGUUUGGUACCUGUCCUCAGAUUCAUUCUAAAGCGUGAAUUCAGUUACUUUUAUGUCCAAUUUAUCUAAAAAUGUAUUGAUGUAAAAUGUGGAAUCUCAUCCUCAAUGAGCUCUCCAAAUAGUUUCCUCCCUUUCAUGCAUGUCCCUGUGAUGUAGGCCUACAUCUACAUUUUGCUCACAAAGAGUAGACACCUCAACAGAAUACAUUAGUCUGAUGUGAGUAUCUCUGAUCUUGAAAUGUAUUUUUAUCUGGGUAUAACAAAGAAACCCAUUGCCAUAGCCAUAAACUGUCCUCUGUCCAUAUCAUAAAAUAUCUGAUAAUUUCAUUGACCUUACUCCAAAUUCCCAUGUGAGAGGAGGAGCAGAUGUCCUCAAGGUUUGAAACAGAUGAUUCUACAAAAGCUCAUAGAUCUGAACAUAUAUAUUGUCCUGUGAAAGAAAUACCCUUGAAAUGUGUCUUAUGAUGUGCAGUGCCUCCACACACCUGUAUCUAUAUGAAAAGUAUACUUAAUUAAAAAGAAAUGGGUAGUACUACAGGGCACUACCCUGACCUAAGGUCACAUGGCUCCAGGCUCCAGGACAAACAGCCUGUUUACUGUUGACAUGUCAGGCAUGGUGGAGCAUCCACUGACUCCCCUCAGAGACGGGCGGCAGGUAGCUUAGUGGGUAAGAGCGUUGUGCCAGUAACCGAAAGGUCGCUGGUUCUAAUCCCCGAGCCGACUAGGUGAAAAAUCUGUCGAUGUGCCCUUAAGCAAGGCACUUAACCCUAAUUGCUCCUGUAAGUCGCUCUGGAAAAGAGCGUCUGCUAAAUGACAAAAAUGUAAAAAUGUAGAGACUAGCCUCAACUGUCCACAGCCCACAGCCCACUUUGACCUCAAUCCCAUACCAUCAUACAUUACACUGACCUUCAUGGGAGGUGAGCUAUUAUAAUGUGGCUACCGCCAUACAAUAGAUCACAGCACAAACCCUGGUGUCAGUGCUCUGUAUAAUCCACAGAGAAUGGGGUUGUUUGCAGUGGCAUGUCAUAUAUAGUCAUGUUAUCAGGCACAGUAGUCACAAUGACAUCCCCUGGUUAUAUGAUGCCCUUGAGAGGAAAAGACACAAGACUCGUCAUCUCAGUGCCAUCAGAGAAAGGAGCUCUACCAUUGGCUCUCACAGAGCGCUGGCUUAUGUGCUGCUGUGUGGUGUUUUACAUGCUCAUGUUCAUUCAUAGUGGGCAAGAUAACAGUAAUGCCACCGUGAAUAUAUACUGAGUGAACAAAACAUUAAGAACACCUGUUCUUUCCAUGACAUAGACUGACCAGUUGAAUCCAGGUGAAAGCUAUAAUCCUUUAUUUAUGUCACUUGUUAAAUCCACUUCAAGUCAGUAUAGAUGAAGGGGAGGAGACAGGUUAAAGAAGGAUUUUUAAGCCUUGAGACAAUUGAGACAUGGAUUGUGUAUGUGAAUGGGCAAGUCAAAAGAUUGAAGUGCCUUUGAACAGGGUAUGGUAGUAGGUGCCAGGCGCACCGGUUUGUGUCAAGAACUGCAACGCUGCUGGGUUUUUCACGCUCAACAGUGUCCCGUGUGUAUGAAGAAUGGUCCACCACCCAAAGGACUUCCAGCCAACUUGACACAACUGUGGGAAGCAUCCCUGUGGAACGCUUUCGACACCUUGUAGAGUCUAUACCCCGACGUAUUGAGGGCAAAAGGGGGUGCAACUCAAUAUUAGGAAGGUGUUCUUGAUGUUUUGUACAUUCAGUAUAUAUCCCCUCAGGGCCAGCCCUAGCCUUUUGGGGGACCAAGGCAAGAUUUGGUUGGGGGGGUCCCAACCUCACGGGCAAAACAUUUUAGUGACCCCCUCUUGACAGCGGAGAGAACAUUUAGAAGUUUUAAAGCAAGUUUUCUUCAUUUUUCCAUGGGGCGGAGAGAAAAAAGUACAGUUUUAAAGCAAAUUUCCUGAAAUUCUACACAUUUUGCCAUGACUUAUGCCAUGUUCAUAUGAUAUCUGAAUGAGAGUGACUAACAAAAUCAAUUGGGGCCCCCUGGAGGUCAGGCCCUUCGUGCUCGGUCGGUAAAUCGGCCAUGAUUACUACACGUUUAGAUAGCUGGGUAGACUAAUUUACCAAUCUAAAAAAUAUUAGCUGACAUGGGCUAAUUGAGUGACUGUCAGUGACUGACAUAACAAGGAAAACUGCUGAUAGGGCCCUAGGCGACCACCUAUGUUGCGUAUGCCCAAGGCUGUUCCUGUAUCCCCUGGAUGAUAGGGAUAUGACCUUAUCAUUGGCCAUGCACAUGUAUCAUGCCAUUGUUUACAGUACUGUAUGUAUGCAUUAUGAUGUCAUGCUGUCAUUCAGACCACACUGUUGGCAUGAUCACAUAGGUCACAUGACGUCAUCUCGGUUCAUGGAGUCUCUGCUUCGGAAUGUUUGGUGCGAGGUGUAAGUCUUGUCCUUUGAAAGAUUUAAAUCCUAUUCAGGUGUUUAUAUCAGAUUUUCACAUUUUCAGUGAUAGUUUCAAUCUGAUAUUGGAAAAUUAGGGACCAAGAUUAUUUGAGUAAUACUUAAAGGGCUGGCACGGAAAACACAAACUGUCUCUUGUCUGCCCUCUGCUGGAGUUACCAAAUGGGUAGCAUUGCUGGAUUGCUGUACGUGGUGGAGAGUAUAAAUACCUGAUUUACCUCAACAUAAGGCUUGCAGUAUGAUGAUAUUUGUAUGGUGGUGUAGGGCUGAGGACAUAGGAUGGUGAUGGGGUGUGUUGUGGUGUCUGGGUGGCUGUAGUGUGCUGUAGAGUGAGGUGAUCCAAGGCUUUGGUUUGGCAGCUGUAAAAGGAGGUGUGCUACUCAGUCAGUGUUCUGGAGUGGAGUAAUCCUAGGCUCUGGGUUCAGAGUGUGUAGUGUUAUGUAGCAUUGUGUCGUCCUAGGUUCUGGGUUGGGAGGGUGUAGAGUUCUGUAGAGUGGUGUCGUCCUAGGUUCUGGGUUGGGAGGGUGUAGAGUUCUGUAGAGUGGUGUCGUCCUAGGUUCUGGGUUGGGAGGGUGUAGAGUUCUGUAGAGUGAUGUCAUCCUAGGUUCUGGGUUAGGAGGGUGUAGAGUUCUGUAGAGUGAUGUCGUCCUAGGUUCUGGGUUGGGAGGGUGUAGAGUUCUGUAGAGUGAUGUCGUCCUAGGUUCUGGGUUAGGAGGGUGUAGAGUUCUGUAGAGUGGUGUCGUCCUAGGUUCUGGGUUGGGAGGGUGUAGAGUUCUGUAGAGUGGUGUCGUCCUAGGUUCUGGGUUGGGAGGGUGUAGAGUUCUGUAGAGUGGUGUCGUCCUAGGUUCUGGGUUGGGAGGGUGUAGUAUUAUGUAGAGUGGUGUGAUCCUAGGCUUCUGUGGGUUCACUAAAUUGGCAGCUGUGGAAGUAGGUGAGUGCUAGUCAGUGAGUCAGUCAGUCAGUCAGUCAGUCAGUCAGUGCCACUCUACAUCCCAGAAGUCUGAAUAUAAUUCCCCAGUAGAGCAGUGGACCGGCAGUAGACUGCAUCUGGGUCUCACUGCAAGAGCACAGCCUCCCUCCCUCCCUCCCUCCCUCCCUCCUCCUCCUCCUCCUCCUCCUCCACCCCCAGGCGUUACUGCUGCUCGUCCACCUUCUGUUGGCCUAGACUGUCACGCUCGUUCAUUAACGUGAAGGACCAAGGCGCAGCGUGAUAUGCAUUCAUAUUUAUUUCCGUACUGAACACACGACAAAAGAACAAACGAAACGUGAAGUCCAAGGUUGACAAAUAACAUACCUUUACGGAACAAGAUCCCACCCAGACUGGUGCCAAAAGGCUGCCUAAGUAUGGUCCCCAAUCAGAGACAACGAGCUACAGCUGCCUCUGAUUGGGAACCACCCUGGCCAACAUAGAUCUAAACGAUCUAGAAAAUAAACAUAGAAAUAAACACAACACGAAAUAUACACACCCUGACUCAACAAAUAACCGUCCCCUGAGUCAGGGCGUGACAGUACCCCCCCCCCCCCCCCCCCCCCCAAAGGUGCGGACUCCGACCGCGCCACAUAAACCUAAUAGGGUAGGGGCCGGGUGGGCAUUCCGCCUCGGAGGCGGAUCCGGCUCCGGGUGUAACCACCACUUACUCUCCACCUCCCCGUUGCGCCCCUGGUCUGGUCUGGAACCGCUGACUGGAGCUGGAUCAGGCACCGGUGGAGCGGACUGCUCUGUCUCCGGAGUGGAGCCGCUGACCGGGGCUGGACUGGACCCCGGUGGAGCGGAUUACUCUGGCUCCGGAGUGGAGCAGCUGACCGGUGCCGGACCAGGCACGGGCCGUGCCGGACUGGACACACGCACCACUGGCUUGGUGCGGGGAGCAGGAACGGACCGGACCUGGCUGAUGACGCGUACCCCUGGCUUGGUGCGGGGAGCAGGAACGGGCCGGACUGGGCUGACGACGCGCACCACUGGCCUGGUGCGGGGAGCAGGAACGGGCCGGACUGGGCUGACGACGCGCACCCCUGGCUUGGUGCGGGGAGCAGGAACGGGCCGGACUGGGCUGACGACGCGCACCACUGGCUUGGUGCAGGGAGCAGGAACGGGCCGGACUGGGCUGACGACGCGCACCACUGGCUUGGUGCAGGGAGCAGGAACGGGCCGGACUGGGCUGACGACGCGCACCACUGUCUUGGUGCGGGGAGCAGGAACGGGCCGGACCGGACUGGCGACACGCACCACUUGAUUAGUGCAAGGAGCGGGACUGGGUUCCCUCAUUAACCCCCGCUCCUUCUGCUGCCUAACCAGCUCCUCUCGCCGUGCUUCUACACUUUCCUUCUGCUCCCUCUGCACCAAUGACCCCCUUAAUCUGGCGGCCUCCUCUGCUAAACGGCUGAACCGCUCUAUCGUGGCCUCCUGCUGCCUCGUCGUCCACGGCGUGAGCCCCCCCCUAAAAAUGUUUUGGGCUUGUCUCUCCCCCGUGAUCAUGGCCUCCAUCCCUCUUGCCAGACUCUCGCUCAUCUCCUCCCAAGUCCAUCCUCUCUCCUCAUCACGCUGCUUGAUCCAGGAUUGGUGGGAUCUUCUGUCACGCUCGUUCAUUAACGAGAAGGACCAAGGCGCAGCGUGAUAUGCAUUCAUAUUUAUUUCCGUACUGAACACACGACAAAAGAACAAACGAAACGUGAAGUCCAAGGUAGACAAAUAACAUACCUUUACGGAACAAGAUCCCACCCAGACUGGUGCCAAAAGGCUGCCUAAGUAUGGUCCCCAAUCAGAGACAACGAGCUACAGCUGCCUCUGAUUGGGAACCACCCUGGCCAACAUAGAUCUAAACGAUCUAGAAAAUAAACAUAGAAAUAAACACAACACGAAAUAUACACACCCUGACUCAACAAAUAACCGUCCCCUGAGUCAGGGCGUGACAUAGACUCUUGAGUCAGAGUGCAGUUCAGCAGAGGACUCCCUGUGCUCUUUUCUUUCAACCCUCACUAUGAGAUCCACAGUGGUAUAAAAAUCUAAUAUUGUCACAUUCACUGGAUAGGUGCAGUGAAUUGUGUUGUUUUACAGGGUCAACCAUAAUAGUACGGCUCCCCUGGGGCAAAUUAGGGUUAAGUGCCUUGCUCAAGGGCACAUCGACGGAUUGUUCACCUUGGCUGCUUGGGUAUUCGAACCAGCCACCUUUCGGUUACUGGCCCAAUACUCUAACCGCGAUGGCUGAGCUAUGUGGCUAAUCGUAACCAAUGAAUUUGUGCAUUUGUGAUACAUCACAUUUCCAACAAAUCUAACGACAUUCCAUACUAAAGACCAUUACAUAUUUAUAUUACAAAAAGCCUUAUGGAUGACAAAAAUUAUCAUUACAGCAUCUGUCCUCACAUUGCCACUAAUGCUAUCUAGUAUCUACUAAUGCCAUUAAAUCCUUAAUCCUUCAGUCUAAUUACGGAGGUGGACUGAAGGAGGCGUUCGUUAUGAAGCAUCAACUUGAGUAAGGCCUCGAGAUUAUCCCACCUUUGCAGACGUUAUGUGUGUGUGUGUGUGUGUGUGUGUGUGUGUUUGUGUGUGUGUUUGUUUACAUGCAGCGACACUAUUUCAUCCACUGUUACACCAUUUUCGCUCUGGUUUUCCCCAGGCAGGAACGAGAUGCUAGUUUUGCCCAGAAGAAAGCUGAGCGGGCAACAGUUAGAAGUCACUUCCGGGACAAAUACAGACUGCCAAAGGUACAUCCAUUACUGAUUCUGCAUAUUUGAUGCAAGCAUUUUCUUACUACAUUCAAAAAUACCAUCCAAAUGUGUUCUGUUUGUACUCUCUUUCCUUUCUCACUAUCGCUCAAUCAUCUCAUUCCUCUCCCUUGCCCUUGCUUCCUACACCCUCACCCACUGGCCUGUGUGUGUGUCCCCGCUGUGUGUGUGACCCAGAAUGAGCUGGAUGACACUCAGAUCCAGCAGGCGGGGGAUGACGUAGAGCUGCCCACAGAGCUAGCCAAGAUGAUCGCUGACGACAACAAGGAGGAGGAGUCCAAAACGUCUGUCCUGGGCCAGCUGACCAACAUCCAGAAUGUGGACAUUGACCAGCUGAAGGACAAGGCCCAGGCCACGCUGGAAGACCUCAAACAGUCCGCUGAGAAGUGCAAUCUCAUGUGAUCUGGCUGGCUGACUGAGUUCCUGCUCUCUCUCUAUCCCCUUACUCUCUUUCUCUAUACAACAAAGGAUCUAUGUAAGAUAUCAUAUGAUCUAUGACCAUGUACAAACGUUGAUAGUCAUGUUGCUUUGAAUACACACACAUACAGUCAACACUGCCUCACACACAUAAACAUACUGUAGCAUCUUCUGGCCAAGGAAUCAGAGUAAACACUGUCUAAGCUGUAGGGGAAACAGAGUAAUAGUCUUAUGCCAAAGUCCGUUAGCAGAAAACCGUUCAGACAAUGGCACAAAGUAUAUCAAAUAGUAAUAUUAAGUGUGAGACUAAAUAAAACUUCUAUGUCUUGGGACCACAAUCAGUACAUUCCAAACCAAGUGUCUGUUGUAUCUAUUGCAGGUGUAAAUGUAUUUGCGGUUAGCCUGUUCUGUUGUCCAUCUAGUCUAUGGUCAUUAACUCGUUGGAGACAGCUCGUGCUCUGUGAUGCCAACACAUCUAACCUUUCAACUCUGGCCUUUAACCUGUCCUCAUAUUGACCUCUAACCCCUGACCUCUCCAUCUCAGUGCUGUUUUGUGCCAGUGGUUUGGUGUCGUUUAGCCGCUAUGAUAUGUCAAGUGCUGUCUUUGAAAGUGUCAUCCUCUGGCUGAGUGCUGGUCAUAGUGUUUAAUAAGUACACAUUACUAUGAACAUAUAUUAACAUAUAUAUGAACAUAUAGUACUUGGUAUGUGUCUGAAUUGUUGUUGUAUCACUAAGUAAAGACGCAGGUGAGAGCGGGAGAGGGGUUUGUCAACCUUAUUUAUAUUACAGUAAUAUACAGUAUAUAUUUCUUCAAUACAGUGGUUCAUGUCUUGUGAUAGUUCAACAGUCCUUUCGUGACGUUACAGUACUUGAAUUUGAAGAAAGGAUGGUGAACAUGCCUUAGUAGCUUAUUUUAUGUGAUAGCUACUUUGUGCUUUCUUGUCAGUUCCAUGAAACAAGACAAACAAGUGUGAAUAUAAUUCAUUCUUACUCAAGUCUUACAGAGCCUGAUCACCUAUACAUAUCUCUCUGUAUUAAAGUGUGUGACCUGCAAUGAUACUUUAAAGCCAACAGCAAGAGCCUCUUUCAUUUCCAGUCACCCUAUGGGGUGAUUCAGGUUGAUCUCAUGAUAAUAUUUCAGGAAGAGACAUGUUGUUCAUGAUGUUUCUGUUUCCUGUCCACUCUUUGCUUCUUUUACAUCAUCUUUGUUGUUCAGUGCUGUAUGAAUCUUAUUGAUUUUUGACUGACUGUUGAAACCAUAAUAAACAGAAACCAUAAUAAACAGAUUUGUAUUA